AUGGCGGCUGUCGAAGGGCUCACAAGUGGCGGGGAACUGCCAAGAAAAUACGUGCGCAUCCCAGACAUGUUCGCGUCCAUCAUGUCUGUUGCACCCCGGGUGAACCCACACUACCACAAAGUCAAACAAGAAGCUGAGAAGUGGGCGAUCAGCGUGCUCAGUCUAGAUGAGCAGCAAGCAAUGAAGUGCUCAAUGGCGGACGUCACUUACCUUGCUGCCUUAUGGGUACCGGACGCUGAUGAAGAGGCGCUACGCGUUUUCGCAGAUUGGAUGCAUUGGGUCUUUUACUUUGACGAUCAGUUUGACGAGGGGCAUCUUAAGGACGAUCCGGAAGCUGCAAAGGAAGAGAUUUUGGCUACGCUCGCAACGAUGGAUGAUGGUCAUCCAGUAGUCGCCGCAAGCGACAACCCUCUGAGAUACGUGUUCCAGUACACGUGGCUCUGUUUCCAGAAGAGAGCAUCGCCAGAUCUUCAGAAAAGAUAUAAGAAGUCGAUCGAAGACUAUUUUGACGGAGUGCUGAGACAGGUCGACAUCGCGUCCGGAUCGACCACGGUAGGGGUCGAAGAGUUUAUGCACUCCAGGAGAAGCGCCAUUGGCGUGUAUCCUGCUCAGGACUUGGCCGAAUACGCGCGUGGGAUCGAAUUGCCAACGCACGUGUUUGACGACAAGGCAGUGAUGGAACUGCGGCGUAUCUCGUCGGACAUUACGUGCUUGCAGAAUGACAUUCUUUCGUACCGAAAGGACUUGGCAGAGGGGACUGAACACAACAUCAUCCAUGUUUACCGGAAGCAGGGCCUCUCGGAGCAGCAGGCGGUAGAUGCGGUUGACGGCAUGUUCAAUGGCCUCUACAAGCACUGGUACCUCGCGCUUGCCGAGAUAGCGCCUUGGGGCGAGCAGGUGGACCGGGAGAUGCUCAAAUACAUCGAUUGUUGCCGCGACGUUGCGCUAGGCAAUCUCUACUGGAGUUUCGAGACGGGUCGGUAUCUUGGAAAGGAAGGCGAAACCGUGCACAGGACGCGUAUGAUGGCGGUUCCGUGA